GAGCCAGUUCCUCUGUGUAGAAACUGAAUGACAGGAUCAUAUGGCUUGAUUUGCCUUAUAGUCCGAGCAUUUAAAAAAAAAAGAACAGAGGAAAUAGGAAAAGAGAAGAGAGAGGAACGGCGGACAUGUGAAAUUGAUGAGGAUGUGGAAUAAUUCAUAACUCCAAUUCAAAAACCAAAUCCGAGAUAACGGAGAAAGAGGAGACGCGGGGAGAAAAAGGAUACUGGAUCUGUCGUCAGAGAGAGACGCGUUGCCUGCGAUCAUCAGCACCAUCACCGUAAUAAUAAGCCCAAUGUGACCUUCAUCUGAGUCGAGUGUCUCUAUUCAACAUUCAGGAAGAGGAGAGAGGCAAAACGAACAAAAAACCCUGAAAGGGAGAUUAAGAAGAAAGCACACAGACGCGCGAGGGAGGAGAAGAAAAACAAGCUGCCAGGAGCCGGGCUGCUCUCUCGGGUCCCUCUGAUCAACUGAUUUAUCCCUCCAUCCAUCACUCAGCGCCAGUCUCGACGAAUGGGAGCUGAUAUGGGAGCCAUGGGCGGGACCAAGGUCUUGCUCCUGGUGUUUCUGGUUGGAUGGCAGAAGUCGCUGGGUCUCAACUGGAACCCCAUCCCACGCAAGACUGUUCGAUACCAGGAUGUGUUGGACAGCAUGGCGAGGUUCAGCAUUCAGGGAGUGUUCAACUACAGCAUGCUGACUCUGUCCGACCAUGAAAGGGUUUUGUACGUCGGAGCACGGGAGGCGUUGUUUGCUCUGGACCCCAACGACAUAAGCAGACAGCUACGGCCUCAGAUUGACUGGCCGGCUCCACAGGAUAAGAAGAGAGAGUGCGUCGCCAAGGGCAAGAACAACCAGACUGAGUGCUUCAACUACAUCCGUUUUCUGCAGAGCUACAACCACACACACCUCUACACCUGCGGCACCUACGCCUUCCAGCCCAAAUGCACCUACGUGAACGCGGACUAUUUUAGCCUCAAUGCAGCAGCCCUGGAAGAUGGGAAGGGUAAAUGCCCGUAUGACCCUGCCAAGGGGCACACUGGCCUGAUAGUGGAUAAGGAGUUGUACUCAGCAACGCUCAACAACUUCCUGGGUACAGAGCCAGUCAUUCUGAGGAACCUGGGCCAACAGCACUACAGCAUGAAGAGCGAAUACUUGCCCGCCUGGCUCAAUGAGCCGGACUUUGUGGGUUCAGCCCUGGUGAGGGAGAGCGGCGGCGGUAAAGACGUGGACGACGACAAGAUCUACUUCUUCUUCAGUGAGCGAGCGGUGGAGCUGGACUGUGACACUGAGCUCACUGUGGCCAGAGUGGCCCGUGUCUGCAAGGGGGAUCUGGGUGGUACCAGGACCCUGCAGAAGAAGUGGACCACCUUCCAGAAAGCCCGGCUGGAGUGCUCCCUUCCCGAGCGCCACGUCUCCUUCAACAACCUGAGGGCUGUUUUCACGCUGCCGGGCCAGGACUGGCGGGGGACCACCUUCUACGGCAUCUUCCAUGCCCAGUGGGGUGACGUGGAUGUGUCGGCAGUGUGCCAGUACCAGAUCGCUGAUGUGAAGAAGGUGUUUGAAGGAUACUACAAAGAGUAUAGGGAGGCAUCUCAAAGGUGGGGGCGCUACAUGGGCGCUGUCCCUGUCCCGCGGCCUGGAUCGUGUAUAACUAACACAGACAGGGAGAGCGGCUACAACAGCUCCCUGCAGCUGCCUGACGCCACACUCAACUUUGCCAAGAAGCACCCGCUGAUGGACGGCAAAGCUCUGGCUCGCCCCCUGCUGCUCACCAAGGGUGUCAACUUCACAAGGCUGGCGGUGGAUCGGGUCAGCGGCCUGGACCAGCGGGCGUACAACGUGCUCUUCAUCGGCACAGCGGAGGGCUGGCUGCAGAGGGUGGUGAUCCUCGGCUCAGAGGCCCACGUGAUCGAGGAGAUCCAGCUGUUCGAGACGGCGCAGCCAGUUGACAGCCUGACUAUCUCACACUCCAAGAAGUACUUGUACAUCGGCUCUCGUGCAGAGGUUCUCCAGCUGCCCUUGGCUAACUGCAGCCGCUAUCAGUCUCAGCCAGACUGCCUGCUCGCCCGGGAUCCCUACUGCGCCUGGGACAGCGAAGGCCGGGCCUGCGUCCGUAUCGACCUCCACCGCGGAUCCACCCCCUCCCUGUCACAGGACCUCAUGCUGGAAAGGUUCAGCCGAGGAAAAGCCAAGUUCGAUAAGCCCGUCUCCAUUCCCAGCCCCGAGCACUCCCGUCUGAGGAACGUCACGGUGGUGGUGGGCUCUGACAUGGUGCUGCCUUGCCAGCUGGUCUCCAACCUGGCUCAGCCGUGCUGGGUUCUCAACGAACGGGAGCUGCAGCUCGGGGACCCCGAGGCAGGAGGGCCACGCUUUGACCGAACCCUAAAGGCCCUUGUCGUCCCUGAAGCCGGCCAGAUGCAAGCGGGUCGCUAUGUCUGCUACUCUGAGGAGCAAGGGGUGAAGUUUCAAACCGAGCGCUACCAAGUCGCCGUCGUAGCCAGCGCUCCGGUCUUCAUGGAGGCCCGGGCCCCUGACAGCAGCAUGGGGCUUUUCUGGGUGCUGGUCAUCACCCUCGGAGCGGCGUGUUUGCUGCUACUUGUCGCCGCUCUUUACCUGCGCAGGAGGCUGAAGCUGGCGUUGGGUAAAGGGGCCGACAUGAAGCCUCUGGAGAGCACCCUGGUGUACCCCAUCACUCUACCCAAGGAGCCGCCCACUUUUGUGCCCAGCAAGAUGCCCAGCGACGAGGACCGCUUCUGGGAGACAGGCGCCAACUACUACUACUCGGACGGCUCGCUGAAGAUCGUUCCCGGUCACGCCCUGGGGCCCAGCAGCGUCAGCAGCACGGCGUCGCCCAGCGCCAUUCCCGGCCAGCCCAUCCACUCCCCCAGCCGUCUCAGUCUCACCAACAUUCGAGGCUCGGGUAGCAACGGCUACAUCCGCCUCAACCUGAGCACAGCAGGGGAGGAGAGGGCUAGCGGGGCUGGCGCUGGGGGCGGCGGGCUCGGAGGCCUGGGCAUGGGCGGGAACGACUACUCCAGCCCUUUUAAGGAGGAGCUGAGGCGCACUCUGCAGCAGAGAAGCGUGCUUCCCGACGCCAACCCCGAGGAGUCGUCCGUCUAGGCCUGUCCUCCUCCGUCUGCGUUCCCCGAGUUGGAAAAAACAAAAACAACCAACCUACCUCCCUCCUUUUGAGGACGCCUGCUCUCUCUCUCUUUCAGUGACACGCUGUCAAUUCCCCAACGCUCUCUCUCUCUCUCUCUCUCGCUCCGCCAAUGCCUGUUCGGCUCACUGUUGACGUUUAUAGCACACAGCAUGUUAAAUAUACACACUCAUACACUGUGUUCGCUAACAUGCACUCUUAUAAUUAUUAUGUUUUUGGGCAAGUGAUGGUUGUGGCUUUUCUCUGCUUCCACUGUGCAAUCGCCACUUGUGUAAAAUGUGUAUUUAAAAAGGCUGAGGAGAGCACCUCAAGCAUGGAAAUCAAACAAACGCCAUUACACGUUCUCCAAGGGGCGCAUUUCUUUUAAUGUCGAGUGGACCAAGUGGCUUUUAGUCCCCUGCGCUGAAACAAACGGCAACCAAACUGGAAAAACUGAACUGAUACUCUGUCCAUCUGUUCCUCUGAGACUUUUUCAGCUUACUGCACUUAAAAAACUGGAAGCCCGUCUUCCCUUUUUUUGUAUUUGUGAGCCAAGAGCGUGAGAGCGGUAUAAAAAGACUAAUUAAUCUCGAAGCAAGACGACAAUCACGUCCCCGUCGCAGGAGCUCUGCGAGGGACAGAGAGGAGAGGAGAGAGAGACAAAGAGAGAGGAAAUUAAAUGGAAAAUGAAGUGAAUUGGAGUGAAAGACACAAGGGGGAGUUUUGAAUGAAGGACAAUCUCUCAAGACUUUCUCUGCUCAAUUUUUUUUUCGUUUUUUUUCUCCCACGUUGUAUUUACCCCCCAGAGAAAGUCCUUGAUCCCUUCCAAUUUCAUUUGUUGUGAUGGUUGGUUUUGAAUUAAGACAUUUCUUGUUGUUCUUUUUCUACGUCUUACCGACUACAGCAGUGUUCAAGUGACUAAUGGCUCCCCUCUGUGAAUGACAAUGCGAGGGCUUACAUUCCUCGCUCAGCCUCGCAAAGGUGACCUUCAAACGCACCUUCGAGUCCAAUAUACUACAAGUGCACUCCAGACGACAUUUAUUGGAGUCAAAGUGUGUAACGGAUAUGUGUCUUGGCGGAGCCCUUUUGGAUGUUUGUUCGUCGCUGCGGAAAGUAAAAAGGCUAUUUUGCAUUCAGCCCUUUGCGGCGGAACAAUAACUGCACACUUAAUUCCAAAUCGAAGCUGACGUGAAGACAUUAGGCAUGGAGAAUGUAGUUGAACCCUCACUGUUGCGACCGCUGUGGAUGUCUCAAUAAGUGCUUUAUAUCUUAUGUGUAUGGCGAGGGUGGGAACUUGCACUGCCAAGAAGGAAAACUACCCUCUCCCACACACACACUUACACACACUCACAGUCCUCUGAAUGCCAACCAUCCUGGACCGCAGUGUGUUUGUGAUGCACCCUGAAAACCCCAUGAAACCCCCCCUCCCUCCUUCCCUCCCUCGAACCGAUGCCCAGAGACUCACCCGGGGCUACUGUGGACUAAUACAGAGGAAGAGCACUGUAAAACAACACAAUAACACACACACACACACACACACACACACAGAGUGAUGAUGGAAGAACGGCUGGACAGACUGACAGAUUGCUGCCGCUCUGACAAACCGCUGGCUUCAGGCGGGAAGCAGCCGCGAACCAGUGAAAGGGGCGGCUUUUGUUUUCGGGACGUGUCUGUCGGGACCGGAGGAGCACAGCGAGAAGGAAGGGGAGGACAAAAACACCUUGUUUUGCCCCCACUGUGUACAGAGCGCCGAGAGAGAUGUAGAAUAUCAAAAUGAUCCCGAGGUUGAAGAGGUACUCCGCCAUCAGCACUCCAUCCUCGUGUUGCAUGAUCCUCUGCAAGUGGACUGAACAUCUUUGAUAUGAUCAUCCGUGAACAUCAUUUUCAACCGUCAUUUUUUUGGACUUUUACGGACACUAACAUUGUGGAACAAAAAUGCUCUCUUUGAAA